AUGGCUACCUUCAGAACCAAUGUCCUCCGCAAUGGCGAAUGGGUCACCGAGACAGUCAGCAUUCAGACCAUUCUCAAGGCAAAGCCUGCGCAAGGUCCAAAGAGAGUAGAGCAGACUGAAACUCCAGUAUGCGGACUACUCACAAGGACCAUGGCGGAUAGCCAGAUGGUGAAGUCGGUGCUGCCCGUAAGGCUCAGAUCGCCUCAUCACAACGAUGUUGCCUUUAUAGGCCAUCGUUCUGUCCAAAUCCGCGAAUUUCAAAGCAACGGCCAGUUCCGAGACAUACUCUUCCGCAGAUUCCCACACAAUAUUCGCAACGCCUGUGUGGUUGGCUCUUUCGAUAUUCCGGAUGGCGUCGACGACCUCAAUCCUGCCAUGGACAUUGAAACCCCCGUGAAAAUGGAGGACCAGGACGUACACUCGUCGCCCCCGUCUGGUUCGACGUCUCAGCUGCCGCCCCAGUUGCUUGCACUGGCCAUGGAAAAUGCCGAUGUCGUCUUCCUCUGGAUUGGCCCAGGGGUCGACGGCGGCCGACCUGAGUUUUACAGUUCUACCCAAUUCUUGUUUAGACGGCCUCCACAAUUUCUGAACGGCAAUUUCGGAGCCCACAUGGCUGUAGAUCCAAGCUCGCGUUACAUGGCCUUGAGUAGCUAUCACGGUCUCUUUGCCGUAGGUGAGCUCGAGUCUCUCGCCAAUUUCACUCAACCACAAGACGAAAACACUGUGGAGAUAGUCAAGAGCUGGCGAUUGCGGAGCGUUCAAGGCGUCAUACAAAGCCUCACUUUUCUGUACCCACGGCCAGAAGAUAAAGAUCACAUCAUCCUUCUGCUCAUUGUCGUCAACAAUGGCAAAUCACGAAUGGUUAUUUACGAAUGGACGUUGGGGGAUGACCUUGCGACUGUCUUUGCCGAAGAGAAGCGUGGCCAUCGAUUGCCAGUCGAAAACCAAAUGCCUCAACUUCUCAUUCCCUUGACCGUCGGAUCAGCUUUCAUUGCCAUCUCUCCAGAACAGGUUGCUGUGUGCACCGAAUGCUUGCACGGCCCGCCCAGAUUCGAUACUUUGGAACUUGAGGCACCUCCGAAGAGCCCAAAUUACUAUGGUACUGGAAAACCGUUGUGGACAGCCUGGGAUAGGCCAUAUAGAUUGCCACGUUAUCUCAAAGGCAAAGACUGCUUAUACCUUGCCAGAGAGGACGGCAUUGUUGUCUACAUCGAAGUCGAUGAAGAUCAUGCAUUGGAGCGUUCGACCUUCAUUGAUGCCUUCAAAUGCAAUAUAUCGUCGGCAUUCGCCUACUUGUUUGAUCAGUAUGCAGAUGUUCUCGUGCUGGGCAGCGAUAACGGCACGGGGAGUGUUUGGAAGAUCCCCCCACGAGACCACCCAUUGCGGAUAGGCACCUUACCUAGUGGUGCCCCCACCCUAGAUUUCGCGACGACUGAUAGUCCCUCUUCAGGAGAGAAGGCCCCUGACUCCUUUGGAACGAGCAUUGCACCGUCGAAUGACGGGCAGCUUAGAGCACCUGACAGGAUAUUUGCAGCCUCUGGUCAUGGACUGACAGGUUGUAUCACUGAAUACCGGCAUGGACUUAGAGCAGACAUUGGAUUGGAGCUCGAGCUUGAGGAGGGGCUGAAACAAGCCUGGCUUCUUAACUUCUCCAAUACACAUGGGCGUUACGACCUGCUGUGGACUACCCCUACUCGGUCAAAGGUUUGGCAACUGCCAGAUGAUUUUUCAGAAUUAACAGAUCCGGAACCCGACCAGGUCCUCUACGACUUGUCUUCGCCCACUUUGGCUGUGGCGCAGGUAAAUGGGGUUACUGUCCAAGUGACCACCGCCUCAAUCACACUCUUCAAGAACGAGGCCCAGUCUCGUACAGACGAGUGGACCCGAUUGUCUUUUGACAAGCUUCUACCGGAUCAGCCGCAGGUAUCAGUGUCGGACGCUUACGUUACGAAUGACUGGAUCACUGUCUCAACGCAUGUUGGGCCGCAGUUCAGAAUUUACAGUUUCAAGUUCUAUGGGACAGCAGUUGUUUCUCAAAUCCAGUUCGACGUACCUGGGGACGUGACUUCGCUACAUCACAGCCAAAACCUUGGGAUCAUUGUCGGUCUUUGGAAGGACGGACGUCCAUAUUUGCUCAUCCGCACCCCAACGACUGAAACCGACACACAAGAUAUUGAGGAAAUUGAUAUUACAGAACGACUUGUGACAUCGGCUGGAUUUAGCGGAUAUCGAGAUGGCGUGCCUCUCAAAGCAAUCGGGAGCAUAGCUUCUGUCAAUAACGCGAUACUUCUAGGAACCAGAGGCGGAGAGCUCAUUCACAUUUCGAAAGAGUGGAAAGGUUCUACAAUGGCCUACUACCAGCAACUCGGACUAACCGCGGUGAACGUGACUGCGGCCCGACAUUGUCAGACCGCGAGACCGAGAGUGCUGGUCUCCUGUGAUCAAGUCCUGAUUGAAGUACAACUCGAUGAGCAUGGGCCGAAUGGCUCUGUCCAUGACUUGGCAAAACACCGUGUUAUGCCUGUCAACGCAGGCGAUCUGGGUGCUCCUCUACCACUCGUAGAGUACGGCGUGGCAAUCGAUAUUCCGUGCGUGAGUGAAGGAUUUACCCCGAUUCUCAUGCUGGCGGGGUCGAGUGCAAUCAUCGCCGAGCUACACCAGGAGCCUGGUCCAGCUCAUCGAUAUAUCACGAUUGGGAAGACACCAGUCAAGACGUUUUUCUCACCCAACCUGCGUUGCCUGGUGGUCGGUGUCAAUGAGGAGGGAACCAAGUCGACGCUGAUGUUCAUGGAUCCUGACACGGGAAAGGACAUUGGGAGACCGAUCCACAAAGCAGGAACUCCUGUUCAGUAUAUUGUUGGGCUGGGUAAACCUGACGACCGAAUUUAUGGUCUGGCCGAGUGGGAGUACAAGAAGAAUAACGGGACGUGGCGCUAUCUCCUUGUUGGUACCAAACAAGGCCAGCUCAUUAUCGUGUCGACGGAAAAGGAGCCAUUGAACGGGGACCACUCACCUUCGAUAAAAUACUGGACACGAUUUAAGAAAAACUGCGAUGGACCGGUCUACUCAGUGAUAGGACAUGAGGAGAGCGUGAUCUAUUGCGUCGACCAAGUACUCCACUGGGAUGUGCUGGACCCUGUCGAGAAGAAGCUGAAACCACGCAAAGUGUUUGACUUGGGCUCGUUGGCUCUGGAGCUUCACAUCUCCGAGACUAAGCUCCUCGCUUUGACGUGGGACGAUUCGCUCCAGAUGAUCGAUCCGGCGCUUGACGACGUCAUUGAGAACUCUGCAACACUCGAGUUCCACGAUCCUCGCAACGUUGUACCAAUGUCGUCGAUGCAAAUUGGAAGCAACGUAUUCCUGGUUGCUGAUAAAGACCGUGGUGUGGCCGGUCUUUGGCAAUGGUCCAGAACACCAGGGACCCAUAACUGGGCUGAGUUCAGGGUGCUCUUCGAAGGGACGCUUCCUGUUAGUAUCAGGAAGUUCCGGCGCGGCAGGACACGGCCAACAUGGGAGCAAGGAGCCUGGAACGCACCCAAGUACGGUCGGCUCAUCAGCACACCGAACGAUGCCGAGAUAAUGGGAAUAGCGAUGGACGGCACCAUGUAUCACUUUACGCUACUUGAUCAGCACGCGUUGCGUCUGUUGCGAUUCAUUGUCAAUUUGUAUAACCUCAGGGGGAGGAGAGACGAGGAAAAGCUGCUGCAUGCGGAGCCGAACCUGGGGUACACUGAGCCGUUGCAUGUGGAUGGUGAUCUGCUGAAAACACUCUUGGAUGCGGAAGUGUUGCAAGAGCUGAUCAAUACGGAGGAGCUGUUGGCACGGUUCAAGAGCCUGUUGGAUAAGUUGGAUGGGGGCAUACACACUGCUGAGUGGAUGGGCGAGGGCACUGCGGACCAGUAUUUUGAGCUGGGGUAUAACGUGUUGAUGUAUUAUCUUAGGCAAGUCUAUUGAGUGCUUGGGAUUCUGAGGGGAAGGAAGGUAAUA